AUGGCUAGGUACGGAAUUGGGAUAAUCCCACUGAUUGAGAUCCUGCAGAAACCAAAUAACACCCAAAAAUGGUACGCAGAUGAUGGAAGUGCUGCAGGUUUCACAUACUGCUUCGAAAUGGACAAUUCUUUACAUGAUGAUGACAUUAAAAUUGAACAAAAUGACAAGACACUGGUUGCAAUUGACCCCGAUAGUCUGGAAUACAUUAAAGGCAGUGUUUUGGACUACCAAGACGAGUUGAUCCGUUCGGCUUUCCGCAUAACAGAGAAUCCCAAUGCUAGUAAAGAGGGCGGUUGCUCUUGUGGAGCAUCCUUCAAUUUGAACCCAAAUAUGUUUGGAUAA